UCGACUGUCACAAGGAGGGAAAAUGAAUAAAUAGUGUAGAUGGGAGUAGUAUGUGUGUUUGCCUGUCCAGUGCCUGAGGGCAAGAGUGGACAGCAGGUGGUGGAUGGACUCCAGAAACAGGUGGAGAUGAUGGGAGCCAGUAAGACAGGCAAUUUCCUGGUAGAUUGUGAGACAUAUCAGUCCAAUCCACAAAAUGUCAUGCAGUCAUCUCAACAGUGUGUGGUUCACAUUCUCCAUAACAGUGAACACCCAGCCUCAUGUUUUGCCGUGACAGAAUCAGGACAGAUUUUGGUGUCAGACCUUCUCUUUGAGGAUUUGAUGACAAAAUUAACCAUGGCAAAAGCAGGGAGGGAGAGCUUUUACUCUCAGAGAAAGGGCUUUAAAAUUGAAUCAAGGGGUCAAAGAUAUGAAAUAGGGGACUUCAUCAUCAAAAUUGGCUCUGUUUCUCUUGGAUCCAAUUUUAAAGGAAUUCUGGUAGAGGUGGAAUAUUGCCCUUGUGUCAUCAUGAACGACUGUUGGAACAUGAUGAAAGAACUCCUGCAGAGUCUGGUCGGGAGUGCAGCGGAUGCCCCUCCAGCUAUUCUCAAACACAAACCGGACACAGUCUACACACCCUCAGAUACAAUACUGCAGUAUCAGGAACAUUUCAAUAACUUCAGGAAAACUGUGCCAGCACUCCAACCUAGCAGGUGAUCAAAAGGUUGGUACAGGGGGUGGAUUCAAACAAGAAUGCUGUUCUCACUGGUCAAAGACCAGAAAGAGUGCAUUGUGGGGAAAGUCAGAAACUAUUCCUAAACUGAAGCUUGAUAAGGAAUGGCAUGUAAUGACAUUGUAUGAUUUUUGUAUAGAUCAAGCUAAACUACAAUUGAAUCAGAUUUGUGAUCACCUAAUGAAAAAUUGAUGAGUUUUACAAUGACAUCUUUUUGAUACUGUAUACAGGGAAAUUUUCACCCCCAUUUUAUUUUCGCCCAUUUGGCCCUACUCACAGGUGGGGGAAUUUAAAACGGAGGGAAUUAAAAAAAACACAGUAGAAUUUCUUAAACAGAACUGUGAUUGGGGGAAUUUGAAACAGGCAAAGUUAUUUGCAAGAGUGAAAGGGUGAAAAUAACACAGGGUGAAAAUAACCCUGUAUACAGUACUCGCCUAUAGGUCAACUAUAUCAAAGGUAAUAUUUUUUUGUUAAGUAGUUUAUGGGCAGGUUUUUCAGGAACUUUAUACUGUAAUAGAUGCAUGCUUUUGCUACGAAUGUAAUACUUCACAAUUUUAUAUGAUGAAGUCUCCAAGAAAUUUGACAAAAAACAGUGAAUACAGAUGAAGGAUACAAGUUAUCAGGGGUGUAAUCAUAUGGCUAAAGUGUAGUGUGAUAUAUCAUGAUGCACAGGGGCUGUAUCAUGAUAUGCAUCAUGAUAUUUCACCUUUCAUAUUUUUAAUAUAAUUUGUAUGUCUAUGUAAAUUUCUAUUACAAUGGGAAAUGAUGAAAAUUGUAGAUUAUUUCAUCGGAUUCAAAAUGACUUAAGAAAACAUUUAAUAAGCUCUGAAUACAAUAAAAAAUAGCAUUAAGUAAAUUAACAAAAUCACUUUUAUUAGGUAAAACUAAAAAGAAAUAACAUUAAUUGCUUAAAAUGCUAUAUAUCAUGAUACACAGAUAUAUGUUUUUUUUAUAUCACUAUAUGGUACGUUUUUUUUUUAUGUAUUGUGGUAUACUUGUAUAUAUUGUUACACCCCUAUACAAUUAAGUUACAUGUAUAUGGUUGAACUCAUUGUUUUCCUAAUGAGCAUAUGUUAUAUGUGUACUUAAAUUGAUCUAAUAAAUCUAGUAAUAAUG